AUGGAGAGCUGGAUGUGGGGUACCUGCAUCCUCUGCUUGCUGAGACAGUUGGGAGUCGCAUGGGGCCAUGGGCUCCCAGAAUGUGACUUCAUUGCCCAGCUGAGAGAGGAUGAGCGUGCCUGUGUGCAGGAGGCAGAGGAGACACCCAACGCCUCCCUGAUCUGCCCUAGGACAUGGGAUGGUCUGCUGUGCUGGCCGACAGCAAUCUCUGGCGAGUGGGUGACUCUUCCCUGCCCCGAUUUCUUCUCUCAGUUCAGCUCAGAGCCAGGGGCAGUGAAGAGGGAUUGUACGGCCCAAGGCUGGUCAGAGCCCUUCCCACCCUACCCUGUAGCCUGCCCGGUGCCCUUGGAGCUGCUGGUGGAGCAGAAGUCUUACUUCUCCACUGUGAAGGUCAUCUACACUGCUGGCCACAGCAUCUCCAUCGUCGCCCUCUGUGUAGCCAUUUCCAUCCUGCUUGCUCUCAGGCGGCUCCACUGUCCCCGUAACUACAUCCACACCCAGCUGUUUGCCACCUUCAUCCUCAAGGCGUGCGCCGUGUUCCUGAAAGACGCUGCCCUCUUCGGUGACAGUGACACCUCAGACCACUGCGGCUUCUCCAAUGUCCUGUGUAAGGUUUCAGUGGCUGCCUCCCACUUUGCCACCAUGACCAACUUCAGCUGGCUGCUGGCAGAAGCCGUCUACUUGAGCUUCCUCUUGGCCUCCACUUCUCCGGGCUCCAGGACAGCCUUCUGGUGGCUGGUCCUUGCAGGCUGGGGGUUCCCCAUGCUCUGCACGGGCAUCUGGGUGAUCUGCAAGCUGGCCUUUGAGGACGCUGCGUGCUGGGACUUGGACGACAGCUCCCCCUACUGGUGGAUCAUCAAAGGGCCCAUCGUGCUCUCUGUGGGGGUGAACUUUGGGCUGUUUCUCAAUAUUAUUCGCAUCCUGCUGAGGAAGCUGGAGCCAGCACAGGGGACUCUCCACACCAAGUCUCAGUACUGGAAACUCUCCAGGUCCACACUUCUCCUCAUUCCACUCUUUGGGAUUCACUACAUCAUCUUCAACUUCUUGCCUGACAGUGUUGGCCUGGGCGUCCGCCUCCCCCUGGAGCUGGGACUGGGCUCCUUCCAGGGCUUCGUUGUUGCUGUCCUGUACUGCUUCCUCAACCAAGAGGUGAAGAAUGAGAUCUUGCGAAAAUGGCAUGGUCAGGACCCUGAACUUCUGCCGGCUCGGAGAACCUGUGCCAAGUGGGCGAUGCCUUCUGGCUCAGGGAUGAAGGUGCUGACUUCUGUGUGCUAG